AUGCCAUCAGUAACGCACUCCGAGACGCCUUCGCUCUCGUCGUCGGGUAGGAAGCGGAGGCGGGAGGAUGACGGCCAGAUGCAGAUGCCGUUGUACGGGCAGUCCAAGACAGCAGCUUCUUUGACGUCCUCGUCGGCUAACAGCAGCGGCCUCGGCCCUUACAGCAGCACAUCACAGCUCAACGAGUCCCAGAACCUAUUAUCCGCCUUCAGUAGCAAUGAGCGGCUGAUCUACCCCUCGAACCGCGGCUCGGCCGCGCUCUACAACAUGCCGCGGAAAGUCAUACCACUGUCCGCGAGCAAAAGGUUCCGGCUGCUAGACGAGGACCACGACGAACCGACACAACAACAGCACCUACGUCACCAACACCAACACCACCACGACGAGCAUCACGAUGCCGCAUCCCCUUCGCCCGCCGCCGCCAUGCACCAGCAACAGUCCUACUUCUCACACGCACACCCAACGCCGCCCAUAUCACCGCAUCAUCUACAGAACCGACCCAGCGCGAGCCGAGCGAACUCAUCCGCGCUGUUGAAACCCUGCCACGUCUGCUUUCGCAAGCCGACCAAGAAGUCCGACCUCGACUCGUUCGCCGAUUGUAUGGGCUGCGACCGCCGGACAUGCUUUGUCUGCCUGCGGGCGUGCCAGGGCUGGCUACCGCCUGCGGAGGAAAGGACAGGAAGACGAGAACACAACAAUAAUGAGGAGGACCUAUCAGCAUCAUUCACCAUGCACGACGUGGACGACGAUGUCGAAUACAACAGCAAUAACCACACCCACCAGGCCCGAGACGCACAACCGCCGCCGGACCACGCACGGUCAAAGAAAGGGGAAGGCGGCGGAGAGGCGGCGGGCUGGAGAGGCCACGGCCACCGGGAGGUGAUCUGCAGCCAAUGCUGCGUGGAGCGCGGCAGCGAGGGCGAGGUCGUCUGCCUGGGAUGCUUGGACGAGGUGGACGGAGCAUAG